ACUUCUCCCUCUAAUACUAUUUUAUUCACUCACCGUCUUUCAUUUCCCUGCCCUACUUAUUCAGUACGAGAAUGAUUUUAUGAUUUUUAUACCCUCUUUUAUUUCCAUUUCUGUGCUAUUUUUCUUGCUCCCCUAUACUCACACCCCUCUAUUUAUUUACAUUAUUACUCUCUCUAUACACUCUACAGCUGUGUGUGUGGUACCGAUCCUAUGUGAACUAGGUUACUCUAAUUUUUAUUCUACUAAUAACUCCAAAUUUGUGCCUAACUGUUAUCAUUAUAAAUGCUAAAACAGUAAGAAGAAAAUGACCGAAUAACAGUAAGUGUUGAUUUUUAUAAUAUAGAUAAUGAUGAAGUGAGGAAAUUUCAAUGAGGACAGAACGGUAAAAAGAGAGAAAAGAAAGAAGAAGACAAACAUGGAUCAGAGUGUGCCAGCCAGAAAGGUUGCUCCUAUACACACACCCAAAUCAAAUCGCAUCUAAUCUAUAGAGUCAUUGUAAUUAGACUCUCUCUAUAGUCUACACCCACCAACUAUACAAAACCCUAGUUUCCUGGAAACUACCCUUCCUCUCACGGUCAUACCCUAACAAUACCUUACCCAAAUAUAUUCAUUAUUUUUUACUAUUUAUUAUUAUUAUUAUAACUUGCAUGCACCUUUAUAUUUAAUUAACCACCCAAUCACUCUUGUUCUUCUCUCCAUAUAUAAACCCAAUUAACACCUCACUCUCUUAGUCCCUUCUCUCUGCUACUUUCUAUUAAUCUCAAAUUUGUUAUUUUUUUUAUGAAUAUGAAUUUUGAAGCAAUGAAUAGAAGCUCUUCUACAACUACUUCUUCAUCGGAUUCUUGUUCUUCGGAAUCAAAUCCGUUGAAUCGAAACAAAGUAGAUAGGAUCAAAGGUCCAUGGAGUGCUGAAGAAGAUAGAAUUCUAACGCGGCUUGUGGAGCAACACGGAGCGAGAAACUGGUCGCUUAUUAGCCGCUAUAUUAAGGGGAGGUCCGGUAAGUCUUGCCGACUCCGCUGGUGUAAUCAGCUGAGUCCAACGGUGGAGCACCGGCCAUUCUCGUCGCAAGAGGAUGAAACUAUCAUAGCCGCGCAUGGUCAAUACGGUAACCGUUGGGCAACCAUUGCGCGUCUUUUACCGGGUCGGACCGAUAAUGCUGUGAAGAAUCAUUGGAACUCGACGCUUAAGAGAAGAGCAAGUGGUCGCGGUUGUGGCGAUAGUGGUGGUGGUGGUGGUGGAGAUUCUGUUACGGUGAACGGGGGUUUGGGAAAUCCUACCGGUCCGUUUGCUCGAUCUUGUUUUCCGGUGGAGGAUGAUCCGUUGACCGCGUUGACUCUUGCUCCUCCGGGGAAUGUUUAUGGCGGUGGUCUGGAAGAACAGGACGAGGCGGUUGCUGAUCAUCGACCGUCACCGUCGCCGGAAAGUGUUCCGUCGGCGUUCUGGGAUGUGAUGAGAGGUGUGAUUGCGAAGGAAGUUAGGGAAUAUGUUUCUUCUAAUUUUUCUCAUAACAAUGGUUUUCAUUGAAUUAAUUAAUUAGUUAAUAAUCAUAAUUCUGUUAAUUAGUAUUAUUUUAAGGAAUUUAAUUACGCUGCACUUGGAUUUUGUUCUGCUUAA